AUUAUUUAGAAACUGAUGCAGAUUCGAGUACGCUUGUAUUUUGAAAGAAAAAUGGUAAUGGAAGAUGUUGAAAGUGUACAUUAUCUCUACGAAGCUGGAAUUUUCUUCGCCAUUUUAGGUAUUGUCUGGUAUUUAAGACGUCCAUUGAGUUUUCACGUUUUGCAAAGAAUAUAUGCAUGGAACAUUAACAGGAGUAAAUCAUAUUCGAAUGUAAUAUGGGAAGAGAAUGUUCGUGUUUUCCAGUUACUGAAUGAAUAUAAACAAACAAUCAACAAGAAUUUGACAAUACUUGACGUUGGAUCAGGACCAGCUGAAUAUAUGGCUUUCUUUCCUGACAAAACUAAGUUAGUUUGUCUGGAUCCAAAUUUACAUUUUGCCGGAUACAUCAAAGAAAACAUGAAGAAAUAUGAAAACGUUGUAGAAACGGAUAUUGUUCAAGGCUAUGCCGAGAACAUGCCUUUUGAAAGCGAACGAUUCGAUGCAGCAUUCUUAUCACUUGUUUUGUGUGUUGUAGAAGAUGUAAGGAAGUCGCUGGAGGAAGUAAUGAGGGUUUUAAAACCGGGAGGAAAGUUGGUUUUUCUGCAACAUGUAACCUUUGAAGACAAGCGGCUGUUGGCAUAUGUUUUACAGCGUGCUUGGGUUCCUUUCGCCCGGAUGUUUUACGGCUGCCACGCCACUCGAGAUACAGUGAAAUCAAUAAGAAACGCAGGAUUUUCUGAUAUACAUAUGCAAUAUAUAUACCCAAAAGCAACUGCAUAUUCCUUGAGAAAAUGUGUUAUUGGGGUAGCCACAAAAUGAUACGCUGUUCUGGUAAAUUUCAAUCAAAAUAUGCGAGUGUAGGCCUAUUAUUGUCAAUAAAAUGCAAUAAAAUCUACGACAGGAUUUUUAUGUCGAACUCUACAGGUAAAGUAUACGUCAUUAUUGUUUAGAUUGAAUGUAACCCUUUAGAAAGAAGGCAUUUUUGAAACCCGAAAUAAACGCGACAUGGUCCCUA